AUGAAAGUUCUGAAGUUCCCCUGGUUAGUCCACAAGGAAGAAUCCCGGAAGUAUGAAGUGUAUACAGUGGAUGUUAGUCCCGAUGGAGAAAGAGUAGCUACAGGUGGAUUGGAUGGUAAAAUAAGAAUUUGGUCCAUAAAAUCCAUACUUAAAGUUGUCAAAUUACAAGCUAGUGAUAACAGUUUGACUGCAAAUAAUAUUCCCGAAGACUUAAUGAGGCCCUUAGCAAGUAUGAGUAGACAUACAGGUUCCGUAACGUGCCUUAAAUUCUCUCCCGACGGCAAGUAUCUAGCAAGUGGUUCAGAUGACAGGAUCUUAUUGAUUUGGGCUAUGGACGAAGAACAGCUCAAUCAGCCAGUAUUUGGAUCUGAGCAUGAUAAGGAGCACUGGACUGUCAGAAAAAGGUUGGUUUCGCAUGAUAAUGAUAUUCAAGAUAUUGCAUGGGCUCCAGACUCAAGUAUAUUAGUAACAGUUGGGCUUGAUAGAUCGGUAAUAAUCUGGAGUGGUAUCACUUUUGAAAAGCUGAAAAGAUUUGACGUUCAUCAGUCUCAUGUUAAAGGUAUCAUAUUUGAUCCGGCAAAUAAAUAUUUUGCAACGGCUUCUGAUGAUAGGACUUUGAAAAUAUUCAGAUAUCACAAGUCUCAUGAUAUGUCAUUCACUGUGGAGCAUGUAGUAAGUGAGCCUUUCCUUGCAUCUCCAUUGACGACGUACUAUAGGCGACUGUCGUGGUCACCUGAUGGUGAACAUAUAGCUGCCCCAAACGCUACUAACGGGCCUGUCACCUCGGUUUGUAUCAUUAACAGAGGUACAUGGGAAAGUAACGUCAGUUUAAUAGGUCAUGAAGCACCAACUGAGGUUGUUAGGUUUAAUCCUAGACUAUUUGAGGUCAAAGACGAUUCUACUACCAAGAAGGCUAAUAAUACUGGCACGCAAGAGGAUAACGAUGAGGGAAAAGUUAGUCAAACUAAAGAAACAAACAUUGAUUCAGUUAUUGCCAGUGCAGGUCAAGAUAAAACGUUGGCUAUCUGGAGUACACGUAAGGCAAGGCCCAUAUUUGUUGCAUACGAUAUUGCUAACAAGUCUAUAACGGAUCUCGCCUGGAAUCCAAAGGGAAACAUUUUAUUCAUAACCUCUCUGGAUUCUUCUAUCACGGUUAUACUUUUUGAAGAUAAUGAGCUAGGUAAAGUAAUCCCAUUAAACAAGAAUAUGGAACAACUUCAUCGUUAUGGUGUCGACAAAGACUCCUACGACUACCCUGAGAGUAUAAAGCAGCUUGAACUUGAGAACUUUUCAAAGGAAGUAAAGAAAAAGGAUACGGAUGGGAACCUAAAACCAUCAGUUAAUAUACAAGACGCAGUUGCGCCACAUGAAACAAGUACUUUGAAUGUUGGACAAGCAGGAACGGUUUCUAAGAGUGAAACCAUAAACAUUCUAAUACCCAAGAAAAAGAAAGACGUGAAACUGAACAAAAUGGUACUCAAAGAUGGCAAGAAAAGGGUAACACCUACCUUAAUAACAGCAGCUGUGAAAACUUCCGCGACAGCUAGUAUACCGGACUUUACAUCAAAAGCUAAGCCCGGAUUGUUACAGAAUAAUAUAAAAUCCUCAUUUACAUCGACUUCAUCAAUAUCAGGCACAUCCAAGAAUGGAUUGCCGAAGCAUUUAGAAAGUAAAGUGAGUGUCUCGUCUGUCCCCAUUCCGAGGUUGGGCCUGCAUACACUUAUUAUGGGUACUAGGGAAAGAACAAAGGAUGUUUUCUACAAAGAAGAAGCAGGCCUCCCCGAGUCAAAGGAUAUUAUUGCUAAUAAUGGUAAUAUGUUAAAUUAUGAUGGUGAUACAUCGGAAGAGUUUUUACUUACUUUGAAUUCGAAGCUGUCACCAGAAAAGGUGUGGGGAGAUGAGCCAAAUACCAGAUACAUUGAAAAUUCUGGGGUUAUUCCAGAUAGAGAUGCGGUUGUUUUGAAUAGCGGUAGCUUGUCUGAGUUUUUUACACUAGAAGUACGUAAUGGUGUAGAGCGUGCAAUACAAUUUGAUAAAGAAGCUAUGCUUGAUAACCCUACUAGAAUUUUGGGGUAUUUUAAAGGUAAGCGUGCCAUUGAGCUGUUUAUUCCUGAGGUUGUCAUAUGUGCAAUUGGUUCGGUGCAGUGUAAACGAUGGUGUCUAGCUACUGCUACUGGCUCCAUAUAUAUUAUUGGAGGUAGUGGGCAGUACAAAAUGCCAAAAAUCAGUUUAGGCCAUAAAGUUAUCAAAUUUGUAUGUUACCAAAAGUACCUUAUUGCACUUACAGAAAGAGGACUAUUUUUUAUCUGGGACUUACUUGCAAUGAAAUCAGUUGAUAAGAAUAUUCCAAUUCUGCCUAUAUUGGGAAACGAUCCAGUUCAAGGACACCGAGUUAGAAUAAAUAAAAGUAUCAGAAACAUUAGUAUAGAUUCACAUGAUGAGUCACUACUUGUAGAGCUUUCAAACCCUCCUAGACAUAAGUUUAGGUGGGUAAAGAACUUGGGUUGUUGGACAGAGCUAGAAAGCUAG